AUGGUCUCUUCCCCUCUUUACCUGCAUGCGCACACACAAAUGCACUAUAUUUGCUCACUUUUAAAGAUUGAUUGUUGUAAAUUUUUGUCAAAAACUUGGUGUUAUAUUGCAAAUUUAGUUCCAUUUUUAAAGGAAAAUUUGGUUUUGUUGCAUCAUUUGGCAGGGCAAGUGAGCCGGCGUAAUUCUUCAUUGGAUGACACUUCAAGGGCGGAAUAUCUGCAUGCAUCUAUUGGUGGUUUGCUCGACGCAAUCAGGAAUGGAUCAAAUACAAGAGGGUAUUUCGUAUGGUCCUUUUUAGAUGUAUUCGAGUUAUUGGAUGGCAGAGGAUCAAGUUAUGGCCUGUAUUUCGUAGAUUUGGACGAUCCAAGCUUGAGAAGACUACCCAAGAAAUCUGCACAUUGGUACUCCCAUUUUCUGAAAGGAGGCAGGGUCAGCUCCAACAGAACUUUUGAACUUGAGAAAACAUUUGUCGACUCUUCCUCAGAAACAAUUGUUUCAGUAGGUUUAGGGUUUAGGGUGUCAUUGGCAGAUGUGAAGAAUUUUAAAUCUUUGUAA